CCUGUCCUCAGUGUUCGCUGACUAAAUUAUAAACCCUAGUUCUCCCAAUUUAAAUCCUAACCUAGGCCCAUUCCGUUCCCCUUGAACACCUAGCCUUCCUUUGUUUUCUCAAUCCUCCGAGAUGACUAAGGUCUACGGCACCGGUGCUUACGAUUUCAAGCGCCACCGCGUGGCUGAAUACCCGGUUGAUUUGCCCAACCAGCUGGCCGACAAGCCGGUAGAGUCUACACCCGGCGGGUCCCUGCCCAGUUCCAUUACUCUCUCCGAGAUACAGAGGGACCGGCUGACUACGAUUGCCACCGCGAACUGGCUCAAGUCCGAUGACGGUAACUCGGAGAAUAGAGGCUUUGAUGCCGAGCUGGUGAAGAAGAUAUAUGAAACGGAGUUGAAGGUUAGUGAAGGGAGGAAGCCGGUGCUCUUGCAGAGAGUCAUGAUUCUGGAGGUCAGUCAGUAUUUGGAGAACUACCUCUGGCCGAAUUUUGAUCCUGCAACGGCGACUUUUGAGCACGUUAUGUCCAUGAUUCUCAUGGUCAAUGAGAAGUUCCGUGAGAAUGUGGCAGGUUGGAGAUGCUUCUAUGACCGCAAAGAAGCAUUUAAGGGAUUUCUUGAGAGGGUUCUACGGUUGAAGGAGGGUAAAGAUAUGAGCAUUGCGGAGAAGACAAAUUAUCUGGUUUUUAUGAUUAAUGCCUUCCAGAGUUUGGAAGAUGACGUUGUUAGGGAAAUAGUUCUAAAAUUAGCACAUUUAAAGUCAUGGCACAGUUUGUCAUACGGAAGAUUUCAGAUGGAGCUCAGCAUUAACCCUGCUUUGGUGAAGAAAUGGAAGAAGAUGAUAAAGGGGGAUGCUAAGGAGGCAAAAGCUCAAGGGGAGACUUUUAACCCUUCAAAUUCAGUCGAGGCCAAGUUCUUGAGAGAUCUUAUCGAAGAGUUUCUUGAUGUGCUUGAUUUCAAGGGUGUUCCAGCAAAGAAUACUGUUACCGAAGAUGACGUACUUCAUAUUGUGCAUCAACAGGUUGACGAUGCAGUGGUUUUGUAUAGUGAGAGGUUUAUGGAAUUUCUUAUCGACUUAUUAAGCCAGCUGCCGACUAGGAGGUAUCUGAGGCCUCUAGUUGCUGAUGUUGCUAUUGUCCCAAAAUGCCAUUUGAGUCCUCUAUACAGGCAUGAAAAGGGGAAGCUCUUUGCUCAAUUGGUUGACUUACUGCAGUUCUAUGAGAGAUUUGAGAUUAAUGAUCAUCUUGGGACACAAUUAACUGAUGAUGAAGUUCUUCAAGCUCACUAUGAUCGGUUCUUUGCUUUUCAGCUUCUUGUUUCUAAACAGAUACCCAAGUUACGAGAACUUGCAUUAUGCAACAUUGGUUCAGUUCACAAGCGGGCUGAUCUCUGCAAGAAGUUGUCUGUCCUUUCUUCUGAAGAGUUGAAGAACUUGGUUUGCUGCAAGCUCAAACUUGUAUCUGAAGAAGAUCCCUGGUCCAGAAGCUAUGACUUCCUUAUUGAAGUUAUGGUCUCCUUCUUUGAGAAACAGCAGUCUCAAAAGGAAUCUAUAAAUGCUCUACCCCUCUACCCGAAUGAGCAGAUUAUGUGGGAUGAGAGUGUUGUGCCAAGCAUUAACUACUCCGGAGAGGGUUGUCUCGCACUUCCGAAGCUUAAUCUACAGUUCUUGACACUGCAUGAUUAUCUUCUCAGAAAUUUUAAUCUGUUUCGCCUUGAAUCAACAUAUGAGAUUCGUGAAGAUAUUCAGGAAGCUGUACCCCACCUUCUUCCAUAUAUUAACAACGAGGGAGACACUGCUUUCCGUGGUUGGUCAAGAAUGGCUGUUCCAGUAAGAGGAUUCAGGAUUAGUGCUGUCAAACAGCCUAACAUUGGUGAAGUUAAGCCAUCUUCUGUGACAGCACAAGUGACGUACAGCAUUUCCAGCUAUAGAUCCCAGGUUCGAUCAGAGUGGGAUUCCCUUAAGGAGCAUGAUGUUUUGUUUUUGCUUUCGAUUCGACCCUCAUUUGAACCUCUGAGUGCUGAAGAGGCUGAAAAGGCUAGUGUUCCGCAGAGGCUUGGCCUCCAAUUUGUACGAGGAUGUGAAGUUAUUGAGAUUCGUGAUGAAGAGGGAAAGCUUAUGAAUGAUUUUACUGGAAGGAUUAAGCGAGAUGAGUGGAAACCCCCAAAAGGGGAACUCAGAACAGUAACUGUUGCUUUAGACACUGCCCAGUACUACAUGGAUGUGUCUGACACUGCAGAAAAAGGUGCAGAAGAUGUCUAUGGGACUUUCAAUGUGUUGAUGAGGAGAAAACCCAAGGAAAAUAACUUCAAAGCAAUUUUAGAAUCUAUAAGAGAUCUUAUGAAUGAAUACUGUAUUGUACCUGAGUGGCUGCAUAAGAUAUUUCUGGGCUAUGGAAAUCCAUCUGCUGCACAAUGGACCAACAUGCCCGACCUUCUUGAAAAAGUAGAUUUCAAGGACACCUUUAUAGAUGCAGAGCACUUGAAGGAGAGUUUUCAAGAUUACCAGGUGUGUUUUGUUAAUCAGGAUGGUGUAGAGAGUCUGGAUCCAAGACCUCCUUUUCGAAUUACUAUUCCCAGAACUCUGAAGUGCAAUCCCAAUGCACUUCCAGAUAAGAGGAAGGCUACUACUGAUUCAGUGGAUGAUGUCAAUAUGGCGGAUCAAGCACAUGAGAAAGAGAGACUUACUGUUGAGACAUACAUUCCAACUGAUCCGGGGCCUUACCCCCAAGAUCAGCCAAAGCAGAACUCUGUUAGAUUCACACCCACACAGGUUGAAGCAAUUAUUUCUGGCGUCCAGCCGGGUCUCACUAUGGUUGUAGGGCCACCUGGUACUGGGAAAACUGAUACAGCUGUUCAAAUCUUAAAUAUACUCUACCACAAUUGUCCCUUGCAGAGGACAUUGAUAAUCACUCAUUCAAAUCAGGCUCUCAAUGACCUCUUUGAGAAGAUAAUGCAGAGAGAUGUCCCCGCCCGGUAUCUUCUUCGCUUGGGCCAGGGAGAGCAAGAGCUAGCAACUGAUCUUGAUUUCAGCAGGCAAGGUCGUGUAAAUGCAAUGCUUGUUAGACGGUUAGAGCUGCUUAGUGAGGUGGAAAGGCUUGCAAGGUCUCUUCAAGUUCCCGAGGAUGUAGGCUAUACUUGCGAGACUGCAGGAUAUUUUUGGUUGCUUCAUGUGUAUUCUCGCUGGGAGCAAUUCAUUGUUGCUUGUAAAGAUAAUAAAGAUAAACCGACUUUUGUCCAGGACAGAUUUCCCUUCAAGGAGUUCUUUUCAAACACUCCUCAGCCAUUGUUUACAGGUCAGUCAUUUGAGAGGGACAUGCGGGCAGCUAUGGGGUGUUUCCGUCAUCUUAAGACUAUGUUCCUAGAACUAGAGGAGUGUAGGGCAUUUGAGUUGCUGAAGUCAACAGCUGACAGAGCGAAUUAUCUUAUGACCAAGCAAGCGAAAAUAGUAGCCAUGACUUGCACUCAUGCAGCCUUGAAGCGAAGGGACUUCCUUCAGCUGGGUUUCAAGUAUGACAACUUGCUGAUGGAAGAAAGUGCCCAGAUUUUGGAGAUCGAAACGUUCAUUCCGAUGCUACUUCAGAGGCAGGAGGAUGGUUAUGCAAGGCUCAAGCGUUGCAUUCUCAUUGGCGAUCACCACCAGUUACCUCCUGUUGUGAAGAAUAUGGCUUUUCAGAAGUACAGUCACAUGGACCAGAGCUUGUUCACAAGGUUCGUUCGACUGGGAAUCCCUUAUAUUGAGCUCAAUGCACAAGGUAGAGCCCGGCCAAGCAUAGCCCAGCUUUACAAUUGGAGGUACAGGGAAUUAGGAGACCUUCCUUAUCUAAGGGAUGAUCCGAUAUUCCGUAGGGCGAAUUCGGGAUUCUCGUAUGACUAUCAGUUGGUUGAUGUUCCCGAUUAUCAUGGAAAGGGUGAGAGUGCACCAUCUCCUUGGUUCUACCAGAAUGAAGGAGAGGCUGAAUAUGUUGUGGCAACAGUUGAUAAAUUCCAGGGGCAGCAAAAUGAUUUUAUCUUGCUCUCGCUUGUCCGAACUCGCUUUGUGGGUCACCUGCGUGAUGUUAGAAGAUUGGUUGUUGCAAUGUCUCGUGCUCGACUGGGGCUAUAUGUGUUCUGCCGUCGAUCACUUUUUGAACAGUGCUACGAACUGCAGCCUACAUUUCAACUCCUACUAAAACGGCCUGACAACCUUGCCUUGAAUUUGCACGAGACCUCACCUUACACUGAACGUCCUGCUGAAAACAGUGGACAGUGUUACCUUGUCAAUGGUGUGGAGGAGAUGGCCCAAAUUGUUGCUGACAAAAUCAAUCAAUUGCAUCAGGCAAGGAUAAUGAGCUACCAGUUUCAGCAGUCUAUGGCGUACUCGUCCACUGUACCAUCCCUUGAGAAUGAUGCAGCUGAAGGUGUGCCUGAUGGAGACAUUCCACAGGAAGCUGAUGCCACGAUGAGUGAUCAAAAUGAGGACCUCCCUAAAGAUGGUCAAUCAGAAGUGGAGAAUGGUGUGCUUCCUGGAACCUUGUUGGCGAAAUCCCCUACAGAAGUGAAUGUCAUUGCUGGCGAUCAAAGUGGGAGUCAAGCAAUUACGAUUCAAUCUGAUGAGGAAGCAGAAGAUUCGAACAACGACCAAACAAGAAUGGAGGAGUAAUCCUGGGGUUAGAAUACUCAGUUUGAUUGAACUCCGAUUUUCCCUGUUAGCAACGGGUGAUUGUAGUUCUUUUGUCCAACUUUCCAUUACAGCGAUGGUCGUGAUUUCAUGUAAUUGUGCACUUUGAGUAUUCUGCAUUGGUGAAGAAGGUACGUGCAUCCAUAUCUGUGAAAGGACGAGGCUGCAAGUGAGUUUUUGUAGCGAUUUCGAUCCACUAAUUGGUUAACGAGAGGAUGAAUAACGUUUUAGAUCCACUAAAGUUGCAGCGAAGCAGCAUGUAAUUUCACAGUAGUAUUACUCUGCAUUUGCUAGGUGAUGGAUAAGCUGACCAGUUCUGUUGUACUCCUUGAAUGUCCUCGUAUCUUGUUAAUCUAUCCCUGUUGCUUUUUUUUUUUAUCUCAAAACCGCAUUAUUAUUAUUAUUAUUAUUAUUAUUUUGUAUACAGCAAGCCUUUCAUUUUCAUGUGCCAUGCUGCUAGCAGCUGUUGUUAUUGGUUUGAUUGAAGCACAAAAUGCAUGCAUUCGUAUAAUCUAUACAUUCUUUCAUGUUUUUUUCAAACAAUGAAUUUUUAAAAAUCACAUUCUUACUACAUGCAUAAUUU